AUGACGGAAUCGGCAGGCCCAUUGGGCAACUUCUUUCGAAACCUGGGAGGCGUCUUCACUGAGUUCAGUUGGACAGCAGGCGAAGUGUUUCUCUUGACUGCCUGUGUAGCUCUCACAGUAUCGCAGGUUCUUGUAUCUUACUGCCUCCUUACUUACUAUCCGACGCCGCUGUUCCUGACAUGGUGGCAGCUGCUGCAGUUACUCAUCAGUGCCUCCAUAGUUGGAGAGCUGGGUGUGUCGUUCCCUCGGGCUGCGAUUUUCCCUCCAGUCAAACUAGGGGGCUUCAAGUGGUUUGUCCAGCUGCUGCCCUAUUCGCUUGCAUACUGCGCCUUCCACGCAGUGUCUAACAGCGUGAUUUCGGAUAUAGUGCAUCCAGCUGCCCUCCCUGUCGCCUCAGGGCUUUUGGUGGCCUUCCAUCAUAUGUUUAGGUCUACAGGAUGCCAGACGCAGUAUACGCCACUGCGAUGGGGCGCCGUUUGUUUGCUGGCAGCUUCGUGUUUCUUCUCAAUCGGUUACUUGGAAUUCUAUUACUGCAUUCUCUUGGCUGUGACCUCAGCUAUCUACAGGGGGGCCUACAUGCCGCGCGCAAUACACAUGAGCGGGUCUGAUGAGGGCUCCUUGACCGCAGCCUGCAGUCUAACUGGUGUCUUGGUGCUGCCGCUUGUGAUAUGGUUGGCUGACGAGCAGCCUGAGCUCGUCUCUUUUAGUAAACUGACUUCUUUCGACCUCCACGAGUGGCUUAUAUUGGGCUGCUGGAUCACCGCGGGUACAGUUCCCUUUUUUAAGAGCGUGGUCAGUAACCAGCUCAUGAAGGCGUUGGGGCCCCAGGCUUGGCGUAUCAGCGAAUUGGCUUCCGUCCUUGCCGUUUUUUUCUUCUCAGUACAGCUAUGCGGCCCUGUUGGGCUGCUGCUGUGGCUGGGCCUGGCUCUUCUGAUUGCAGGGAGGCUCUGCUGCGCCGUAGACAGCUACGAGGAAAGGAGACAGCUCAGUCCGCAACUUACCCGCACCUACUAUUCCCGGCGGCUCAGCCGCAGGGACUCAUCCGCGGAAGGGUCAUUUGGCACUGUUGAGGAGGGGCUCUUGGAGCACAUAUCGCCCGAGCAGGCUGAAGAUAUAAGGGAGAAACUGACGGGCCUGGUAAAGGCUUAUGUGACAAGGACCCAAUGUGAAGAUCUGACUAUGCUGAAGAACAUGGGAGGAGCGGACGGCAUUGCACAUAUGUUGCAUGUGCAGCGUUCUGUGGGGCUUUCAGACCCCCAAGACAUCGAACACCGUCGGAAGUUGUUUGGGGUCAAUCGGCUUCCCUCUCGCGCCUCUGCUUCUUUCCUUAGUCUUUGCAUUGAUGCUGCGUCCGACAACACCUUGCAGAUCCUUAUGGUUUGCGGCCUCGCCUCAAUUGUCCUCUCUCAGCUCUUUGGUGAAAAUCCCCAAGUGGAAUGGAUGGAGGGGGCUGCUAUAUGGGUUGCUGUUUUGGUAGUCGUACUCGUGACGGCUGGAAACGACUGGAUGAAGGAGCAGCAGUUCCGUCAGCUCUCUGCAGUAAAAGAUGACAAGAACUGCACAGUCUUGAGAGAUGGAUGUCCUACUCAAGUUUCUGUGUUUGAUCUCGUGCUGGGAGAUUUGCUGCAAUUUGAAGCAGGGGAUGAGCUGCCGGCGGAUUGCAUUGUAGUAUCUUGCCGGAGUCUACGGAUGGACGAGUCCUCGUUGACAGGCGAAUCCGAAAUGAUCAAGAAAGACACGUAUGAUGGCUGCAUAGCACAGAUUGCUGACGGAGAUACAAGGAGUCCGAGGUCGAUGCAGCACCACUUCUUUUCCUCGCCUGUGGUGCUGUCAGGAACAACUGUGAACAGCGGAAGCGGCAGUGCCAUCGUCAUUGCUGUCGGGCAACACUCGCAGUCUGGGCAACUAUACCAGAAACUUUCGUUCGACACGGAAGCAACUCCAUUGCAACUGAAACUGAAUGCUCUUGCUGGCGACAUCGGCAAUUUCGGGCUUGUAUGUGCUAUCAUUGCGCUCUGCAUCCUCGUAUUGGAAUAUUGGGUCAUUUUCAUGUACACUGAACCCGACCAGCGGCCUCCAAUCGUGGCCAUAAUCGGCAGUCACGUUCACUUCUUUGUCACAGCCAUCACCGUCCUCGUCGUUGCUGUGCCCGAGGGGCUGCCUCUGGCUGUCACCAUAUCCCUGGCAUAUUCGAUUGGGCAAAUGCUGGCGGACCAGAACUACGUGAGGCGGCUAGGAGCUUGCGAGACAAUGGGUUCCGCUAAUGAAGUGUGCUCCGACAAGACGGGCACCCUUACACGAAAUCAAAUGAGUGCCGUUGCAUUCUGGAAUGGAUCUAAGGUUGUGCAUAUCCCCUCAGCUUCUUUCGCAGGGCCAAACACGGUGGGUGUGGCGGGGUUCAAUGAGCAUACCGAGAAGUGGAAUCUGAUUUCUGAAAGCAUUUCACUGAACUCAACUGCAUACCUUGAAAAAAUGGAAGUGAUGACCCUUAACAACGGCCAGGAGACCCCUAAGUAUACUGUGAAAUAUGUCGGAUCAGCAACUGAGUGUGCCUUGCUGGAAUUUAACGAUUUUAUCUGCGGUGCAGACUAUGCAGAAACACGAAGGCUGAAGGGCUCUGAUUCACUCAUAGCCCACAGGGAGGAUUUUUCAAGCGACCGUAAGAUGAUGACCACCAUCGUCCACCUGGAUGGCGGCGGCGAUGCCCGCUUGCGCGUUUAUGUGAAGGGCGCAGCUGAGCGGGUGCUGAACCUGUGCAACUAUCUUAUGAAUUCUGACGGCGAUAUCCAAAAGAUUCAGCAAGAACACAAAGCUGCAAUAGAAGACCAAGUCAUCGAUGGAAUGGCCCGCGAAGCCCUGCGGACUAUAUGCAUAGCAUACAGAGACCUUAGCAUGGAUGAUGUCCCUGACUGGGAAGAGAAACAGCACGCUCCUAACCAGCAAUUCCUAGUUGCUGAGCAGGAUCUGGUCUGCCUUGGCAUUUUUGGAAUCAUGGAUCCAGUCAGAGACGAAGUUCCAGAAGCUGUAGAGAAAUGUCACCAAGCGGGAAUCAAUGUGAGGAUGGUGACAGGAGACAACCUGAUAACCGCAAAGGCUAUCGCAAAGAAGUGCCACAUAUUCAACGAAGAAAGGGGAGAUCUGGCAAUGCUGGGUCCUGAUUUCACAAAGCUUGUGGGAGGGGUCAUUUGCCAAACCUGCAGAACGGCAAUGUGCGGCUGCGCCACAGAUGCCAAGACCGCAGAAGCAGAGGGAAAGAACCUGCGAGUUGAUGUUAUUGGAAAUAUGGAUGCAUUUGAGAGGAUAUGGCGGCGCCUUCAGGUGCUCGCAAGAUCUCAGCCAUCAGAUAAGUACGUUUUAGUCACUGCUUUGAAACAACUGGGGCAGGUAGUGGCUGUCACUGGAGACGGGACGAAUGAUGCGCCGGCGCUGAAGAAGGCUGACGUGGGCUUGGCCAUGGGCAUCACGGGCAAAGAGGUAGCCAAGCAAGCAGCAGACAUUGUAAUGCUAGACGACAACUUCCAGUGUAUAGUGCAAGCCGUGAAAUGGGGGCGGAACGUGUACAGCAACAUUCGGCGCUUCUUGCAGUUUCAGCUCACCGUCAACGUGGUAGCCGUCAUCACCACCAUCAUCUGCGCUGCACUGCUGCGCGACUCCCCCCUAACUGCGGUGCAGAUGCUGUGGGUAAAUCUCAUCAUGGAUAGCUUUGCUUCUCUGGCUCUUGCGACAGAACUUCCCACGCCAGACCUGCUAAAACAGAAACCUCACCACAGGCACCAGUCGCUGAUCUCCAGGUCGAUGGCUCUCACAAUCACGACGUCAGCCGUGUAUCAGCUUGUAGUUAUGGUGUUGCUCAUCUUCUAUGGAGACUCUUUCCUCCCAGAAACAGAGUGGGGGUACCUCUUGCCGGCAGACAGGACCCAAAAUGACUUUUGCGAAUUCUCCGACUGCGAUCCUGUCACAGGGCAAGGAAGCCUCAUGCGAUCUGGCCGACGGUUUAAAUUGUUUUCUACCGAAGAAGACUAUGAGGAGCGUUGGGUUGGAGUAAUUGGGCCUUCACGACACCUGACAUUUGUGUUUAAUACAUUUGUGCUGAUGCAGCUUUUCAACAUGAUCAGUGCAAGGGACGUAGAGGAAGACUUUGCUAAGAAAAUGUCUCUACCGCGGCUCUUUGUCAAAAUGACAAGCAACCCUAUGGGGUUCUUUAUUUGGUUAUUUAUUCUCUUCUCGCAAGUCCUAAUGGUGGAGUAUGGUGGAGCUAUGUUGGGCUGUCACCGUGAGGGCCUCACGUGGCAACAGUGGUGCCUGAGCCUUCUUAUCGGCUUCGUGGGCCUCUUGUUCGCGCGGAUUCCGCAGUGCUUCCCACAGAUCACUCGCCUUUUUCCUGAGUAUGGUAUGAGAGAAGAAGGCAUAUCAGGGGCUGCGCCUCUGGCCCUAAACCUCAGGGGUCGGUCUCCUUCCCGCAUGAACGACCGCUGCAUGAUCAGUACGCUAGCGGUCGCCAAGAAAUACGCACGUAGAGCUAAAGUUCUUACGAUCAGCAGAAUGAAAGCACGAAGGGAAGCGCCACAAGCGCAGGCAGCAAAUGUUACGGCUGUAACGGAUGGCUACCUGCCUGUGCAACUCGCUGCUUAA